UCUCUUCCGGUGGAUACGUGGCUCUCCGCUGCCAUAUUGACGCUAACUAGCUAACGCUUCACCUUACUCGAAGUCAGCUGUAUUCGCACCCUGGCAUUCCAGAGUGACGAUAAAUCUCCCCCAAACCACAUACACCACGGACUGAAGAGCGUCCACACAUAAAGAGAGACUAAACAUGGUGCUGUUGGCAGCGGCGGUGUGCACCAAGGCCGGGAAGGCCAUCGUGUCGCGGCAGUUUGUGGAAAUGACCCGGACGCGGAUCGAGGGCCUGUUGGCCGCGUUCCCCAAGCUGAUGAACACGGGCAAGCAGCACACCUUCGUGGAAACAGACAGCGUGCGCUACGUGUACCAGCCGCUGGAGAAGCUCUACAUGGUCCUCAUCACCACCAAGAACAGCAACAUUCUGGAGGACCUGGAGACACUCAGACUGUUCUCCCGCGUGAUCCCAGAGUACUGUCGUGUGCUGGAGGAGAGUGAAAUCUCAGAGCACUGCUUUGACCUCAUCUUUGCCUUCGACGAGAUCGUGGCGCUCGGCUACAGAGAAAACGUCAACCUGGCUCAGAUCCGUACCUUCACAGAGAUGGACUCCCACGAGGAGAAGGUGUUCCGGGCCGUCAGAGAGACUCAGGAACGCGAGGCUAAAGCGGAGAUGAGGAGGAAAGCGAAGGAGCUGCAGCAGGCCAGGAGAGACGCCGAGCGCUCUGGGAAGAAGGUUCCGGCGUUCGGCGGGUUCGGUAAUGUGAGCAGCAUGUCCUCAGGGUCCCUCAUCACAGACACCAUAGUGGAACCUGAGAAACCCAAGAUCACACCAGCUCCAGUCCGAUCAAGCGGCCCGAGCAAGGCUCUGAAGCUAGGCGCUAAAGGGAAAGAAGUGGAUAACUUUGUUGACCAGCUCAAGUCUGAGGGUGAAACCAUCAUUUCGUCCUCAGGAAAGAGAGGUUCAGAUGUGUCCAAGGUUCUGCCACCGCCAGUCAAUGUGGAGAGCGUACAUCUGCGCGUGGAGGAGAAGAUCUUGCUGAGCUGUGGCCGUGAUGGCGGCCUGCAGAACAUGGAGGUGCUGGGCAUGGUGACACUCCGGGUCACGGACGAGAAAAACGGCCGCAUCCGCCUCGCCAUCAACAACAACGACAACAAGGGGCUGCAGCUUCAGACGCAUCCUAACGUAGACAAGAAGUUAUUCACAGCUGAAUCGGUAAUUGGCCUAAAGAACCCAGAGAAGUCCUUCCCUCUCAAUAACGACGUUGGCGUUCUGAAAUGGAGACUGCAGACCACAGACGAGUCCCUCAUACCUCUAACCAUAAACUGCUGGCCUUCAGAGAGCGGCUCCAGCUGCGACGUCAACAUUGAGUACGAGCUGCAGGAGGAGAACCUGGAACUGAACGACGUCGUCAUCAGCAUCCCUGUUCCGUCCGGGGUGGGCGCUCCUGUGAUCGGAGAUCUGGACGGAGAGUACAAACACGACAGCCGGCGGAACGUCCUGGAGUGGUGCCUACCAGUCAUCGAUGCCAACAACAAAACCGGCAGCCUGGAGUUCAGCAUCGCCGGGCAGCCCAAUGAUUUCUUUCCCAUCAAUGUGUCCUUCGUGUCCAAGCGCAACUACUGUGACAUUCAGGUUACCAAAGUGUCUCAUGUAGAUGGCGACAGCUCCGUCAGAUUCUCUUCAGAAACCUCCUUUGUUGUUGACAAAUAUGUAAUUGAGUAAAAAUACUGGAAGAAAAUGGCAAAAUGAGAAAAAAAAAUCACCAUUUAAAAAAAAAAAAAAGUCCAAAUCUAUGCUACAGAGAAAGAUCGACGAUUUCCAGCCUGCUGCCCCUGUAUAUCAUCAGACUGUACAAGGACAGGACGCCCGCCAGCGCCGUGGAAACGGCACCUCCUGUGGGGAAGAGCAGCAGCAGCAGCGGUGGUGUAUUUAUGUUUGUAUGACAGAGGAUCAUCUAUAUAUAGAGUUAAUUGAACAGGAAUAAAACCAACACACAACUUCUCCUUCCA